AUGUUCUCAAAACCGGCCGAGAAUGCAGGCGAAGUUGAGAUCGAUGCCCACGAUGCGGCCCAUGACACACCGGAAAUCCAGAGAGAGCACGCUACCGAUCCGAGCAAGCUGGCUCUGAAGGAGAAAGAGAAAGAGGAAACGUUGCUCGAUGAAGAAGCCACAGAAGAGGAUAACCUCCAGCUCGACUCGGCGGAGGCUACCAAAGAGCAGAAAAAGCCGCCCAUCAAAUUCAAGGGUGCCGUUGGCCGCAAGUUCAGCUUCCCUUUUCAUCUGUGUCAAACAUGGCCGGGCAUGGAAGAGCUCAUUAAGCGAGCGUUCCUCGACAUCGACAUCAUUGGGCCCCACAUUCAAGAAGGGCACUACUACCUGAUCGGCCCCCACGGGGAGUCUAUCCUCCCAGCCGUCUGGGAAGAGGUCGUCCAGCCCGGUUGGGCCAUCACGAUGCACAUGUGGCCCUUGGAUAAGGCGCCGCUCCGCCGCCACCACCGCCAGCAGGUGGACCCCGGCGGGAUAGAGGAAGUCAGCACGCACAAAGCAUUAUCCGAGAUGGCCAACAGUCUCCGAGAGAUUCAAGGGAUUCUCGGGGCACUGGCAGAGCAUUCGGGAACCCGCCUCCCUCGGAAGACCAUCAACCCCACCUUGUCGAAACCGAAGGAAGACGCGUACGACAUGCAACAAACGGUCGAUUACAUAGUCAACACUCUGCCCCGAGCGACAUUGUGCAGCGCGCGGCGCAGCAUAUUAGAGACACAUCGUUCAUGUCACGGCUGCUGA